CCCUCGCAGUCAACUUCUCGUUAACAUGCUCUUCAAGUGCAUAGCUGUCUUUGCUGCAGGGAUUCCCCUUGGAUUGUGGCUUGCCUUCAAGCAAGACAUGCAACUCGCAGGGCUUUGGGGUGGUCUCACUGUUGCUCUACUUUAUUCGUCGACUCUUGGCAUCUGGCUCUGCAUUAAAACGGAUUGGAUAUCCGCUACCUUGGCUUAGACGAUCGAACUAGGCCUCCCUCAGAACGGGGACAACUUCUGCCUUGGUCAGGAAGUGACCGCGAGGUUAUUCAACCGGAAUCCAUAGCAUCUACCGUUCAGGUUGGCGAAUCGAUGACUGCGAGAACGGUUCAUGCCCCGACCCUGCAGACGGUUUAGGAUCUUAUCUCUAUGCAGGCCCUUGGACACCUGAGAGCCUCCUUAUGCUUA